AUGGCUCUCACACCCCACUUAGAAAGGAAGAAAGCAUUUCGAGUAAUAGGCGACCACGAAGCACCAAAGAAACACCGCAGCGCCAAUGAGAGUCAUUUCGGGUUCGCCUCCCGUCUAUUCACGAUCUUCUUUAAACGGGAGCCUUUUGCUGAUAUCCCGCAAUCUAAGUCGUGGUCCGGCCAGCCAAAUACUGCACCCGUGGAGAAUUUUACCCGUCACUCAAGUGUUCAGACCAUUGCUGUUACCGGAUCCAAUUCAACAGUCAUUGAAAUGAUAGCUCGUUACACUGCUGAUGACGACAAGAGCGACUCCGGUUGGCGAAAACGUCAGGCACAUUGCGUAAACUGCGGACGCCUGUUCUUCGUAUCUUUGUCGACGCUUAAUUGUGACACUGGACCGUUUUGCUCAUUGGACUGCAGGAGUACAUUUGAAUACGUGGAUCAUCUUGAGAAAUUGCUCGCAGGGCACAUGUUGGGAGGUAGCAUCGGGAGCAGCUCAAGCUCAAAUGAAGACGAUUGUGCUGUCGAAGAGCUCAAUGUUGAUAAUCUUCUGAAGGACUUGCAGGCCGAGCGUACGAGCAACUGA